AUGGCUUUGUGUUCUCCAGCAUUUCCAGGUACUUCAGCUACUACUGCUCCUGUUGCUACCAAACGUGGUUGUUCGACUUUCAAUAGUUUAUACUCCACACCAAAUAAAAGAAUUUGCUUGAAUAAUAAUAAGAUUCCUGUUUUUGGUGGUAUUGGUUUUAAAGGAUUUUAUAAUUCUUCUUUAUCAUCAUCAGAAGAAGAUUCUGAUUCAGAUGAUGAUGAUGGUGAUGCUGAUAAACAAUCCCCAUUUGAGGUUAUUCAAGUAAGGAAAAAACUUAUUCCUACCCGUAAAUCCAGUGUUGUUCUUGCAGUCACUGGAUCAGAAACUGAGAUUGAAAAUCUCGAUUGCAGCACAGUUCAUUAUACUGACGGUCAAGAAGAUGGUAAUUGUGAUAAUAACAAUUCGGUUCCUAUUGCUGACAGAAAUGCUAGAACUCGUUGCUUUGAAUAUUUAAUUGGAGCUAUUGAUGAAGCUUGGGCUAGAUAUUGUGAUGCUACUACAUCUUUUGAAGAUGAUGUUUUUGGUUCCAAUAAAUCUGGCACUAGUACAAGAGCUUAUAAUGGAAAACUUAAUGAUGAUAACGAGGAUUACGAUGAUGAAGAAGAAGAAGAUGACAGUGCUGAUGAAACUUUUGAUAACAACACUGAUAUUACAGAUUAUUCUGAUUUCCCACACCAGCAAACUAUUGCUUCAACACAAGCAUCCAAACAAGAUCAAUCAUCUUGUCAAUUGCAAGAUUUGAAAGUUCGUUUAACUAAAGCCAAAUAUUAUUUACAAGAAUUGGUUGAUUCUAAUGAUUAUAGAGAAAUUGAAUUGUUUUGGAAACGUUGGGAUAUGAUUAAAUAUUCAACCAUUGAAUUGGUUGAAGAUGAUGACGAUGAUGAAAUUGUCGAAUCCACAAUUGAAGAAUUGGAGAAUGGACGUUUAUUCUUGUAA